GAGUUAUGCAGAAGAUAAUAAACAUGAAAUGAACAUGAGCUUGAGGGCUGCUAUACAAAACUUUGACAGAAAGGAAAGAGAUGCUGUGAACAAAGUUGUUCCCGCUUUGUCCAGUAAGGUAAAAGUAGUAAAUGAAGAGGUUAGCCAGCAAAAACAAACCAAGAACAUCCUUGCACAUCAACAGAAACCAAAUCCCAACACUCCCCAAAAACAGCAGAACAACAAUGAAUUCCAAAAGUCUGCAAUCGACAUUCCAGUUGAUGCGUGUCCUAUGCGCCAAAAUGACCACAACAAAGAACAAAAAACAGAGGAUAAAGUUGUUUUCAGAAAGAAGAAGGAAAAGGAGACAGAUGAGGAGCGACGACAGAGGCUCUCUGUACACAAGGAGGAGAUCAUGAAAGGAAAUGUGAAGGCAGCCAUGGAGAUCUUUGAAAAUUUACGGAAACGAGAGGAACUCAAGGUAAUCCUGUCUCAAGUACAAGAGAUAGAGGGAGAGACCAGCAAUGUAGACGUUAGCUCCUUGAAGACAUUAUUUGAAAAUGUCCCUGCUUGGAUAGUUGCACCAAGUAGAAAUGCUAAGCAAAGUAAUAAAAAAGGGGAAAAGAAGGUUGAAGUACAGACACGGGACGAUGAUCUAGAAAGCAUCUCCUCAGUUGACACGGCAUUUGAAGAUCUGGAAAAGGCAAGCAAGGAAAUUAUAAAUCUGAAGGAACAGACAUUAGCUAAACUCCUUGACAUUGAGGAGGCCAUUAAAAAGGCUUUAUACUCUGUCUCCAAUCUGAAAUCUGAGGCUGACAUCGCAGGCUUGUCGGGACUUUUUGACGAGUCUUUGAAAUCUGAGCAAAGCUGUCACCCUGCCAACAACAUCAGGAAAAUCAGUAUUGUGUCGAGCAAGGCCAAACCAGAUCAAAUUAAAGAGACAACUGAAGGGAAUGUGAAAGAAGUUUCAGCUUCAAGUCCUUCAAAACAACCAGAGGGUACUGCCAGACAAGGACACAACAAGCCUCUAAUCAGACAGAGCAGUUCCCAAUCCUCCCCGUCAUUCAUCUCCAUUCACUCUGCUGCCAGAAAGCCUACAGAACCACCAACAUCAUCCGUCACAACAUUCAAACCAGAGACAGAGGCAAAUUCUCAGAGUUGCCGUGGUGCAAACAGUCAUCAAAGCCAGGCGUCUGCUGCUGCUGAGCCCACAAACAAUUUUCACAAUCCAGCACAACGCAAAGUUAGUGUUCUUGAGGUGAAAACUGUUCCAGAGGCUCCUGUUGGAAUAAUUGGCACAAAGACUGUCAGUGAAACAUAUGAGGAGACGGAUGGCUUUGGCAACGUAUUUGUUUCAUCUAAGACUUCAACAUUCGUCACCAAGCAGUCUGAGAGCAAAACGUCUGCGUUGUUUGAAGUCGUUGGCAGUCCAGCCAGAUAUGAAGUAAUGACAUCCCCCUUGAUGCGAAGAUCUGGUCGCCCUUUUGUAGAAAAUGUGUUGAAUAAAACCAAGGAGGAUGGGACAGUGUUUGUAACAUUUAGCCAACCACCAGAAAAGCACUAAAAUGACA